AUGUUCAGACAAUCCGCUAAACAAUUAGUUAAAAGAUACUAUUCUCGUCCAACAGUUCCAUAUGACCAAACCAUUAAGAAUUUGAGUUUAAAAGAAGGGGACAAAGUUAUUAUUCAAGGUUUCACUGGUAAGCAGGCCACUUUCCAUUCUAAGUUAUCCUUAGAGUAUGGUACUAAUAUUGUUGGUGGUACCAAUCCAAAGAAGGCUGGCCAAACCCAUUUGGGUAAGCCAGUUUAUGCUACUGUUGAUGAGGCAGUCAAUGAUACUGGUGCUACUGUCACUGGUAUUUUUGUUCCACCUCCAAUUGCUGCUAGUGCCGUCAAAGAAGCUAUCGAGGCCGAAGUUCCAUUAAUUAUCACUGUUACUGAAGGUAUUCCUCAACAGGAGAUGGUUUACAUUUCCGAAAUGUUGAAAUCUCAAACUAAAUCCAGAUUAGUGGGUCCAAAUUGUCCAGGUAUUUUGAAUCCAGGUGCUAAAGUCAGAGUUGGUAUUCAACCUACUUCAAUUUUUUCACCAGGUAAGAUUGGUAUCGUUUCUAAGAGUGGUACUUUAACUUAUGAAGCUGUUCAACAAACUACUCAAGCUGGAUUGGGUCAAUCUUUAGUUAUUGGUAUGGGUGGUGAUGCUUUCCCAGGUACCGAUUUCAUCGAUGCCUUGAAAUAUUUCAGAGAUGAUCCACAAACUGAAGGUAUUAUUUUAUUGGGUGAAAUUGGUGGUGCCGCUGAAGUCGAAGCUGCCGAAUUUUUAAAGGAAUUUAACUCUGGUCCAAACAAGAUGCCAGUUGCUUCCUUUAUUGCUGGUGAAGUUGCUAGUACAUUGAAAGGUGUGCGUUGUGGUCAUGCCGGUGCCAUUGUCAGUGGUUCUAGUUCUACUGCUGCUUACAAAAAGAAGGCUUUGAGAGAUGCUGGUAUUGAUGUUGUUGAAUCUCCAGGUUUCUUGGGUGAAGCUUUAUUGAAACAAUUCAGGGAAAAGAAAUGA